UAGCUUAAACAUAACAUUAGAACCAUGAUUCUCCAAGUCGCCACCCUCUUAGGUCUCUUGGUCUCACCGAGCCUCGCUCUGAUCGGCAAGUGUUCCCAGCCUGCAUCAGACAGAACGUCCAUCUAUGAUUUUACUCUACCCAACAUUUUCAAAACUGGCUCCAUCAAUUUCGCGGAUCUUCGCGGCAAGGUGGUUCUGGUGGUGAACGUAGCCACCUACUGUGAUCAUACCCCACAGUUCCUGGGACUGAACGCCCUCCAGAAGGAGUUUGGUGCUGAUCUCCAGAUUAUUGGGGUUCCCACCGACCAGUUCCACUAUGAAGAACCAGGCGCAAACGGAACUGAAAUUAUGAAUGGACUAAAAUAUGUCAGACCUGGAAAUGGAUUUGUCCCAGCAUUCCCACUUUCGGACAAAACGGAAGUAAAUGGUCUUCACGAACACAAACUGUUUACCUAUUUGAAAAAAUACUGUGAACCAACUGAUGAACUCUUUUACCCGGGUCUGACAUAUCAAGGCAACAAGGUUCACGACAUCCGCUGGAACUUCGAGAAAAUUCUGGUCGACAAGACCGGAAAAGCUGUUAAGAGGUACAAUGUAUACGUACUUCCGGCAGAUCUCCGAGACGACAUCCGGGCAGAAAUCCAGAAGAGUGACGUAAAACAAGGAUUUCCAGUUCUGGGGUCUUUUUUGGGUUAAUUGAUAUUGUUAUUGGUAUGAUCAAUACUUUAAUUGUCUGGUGAAUAUAUGUGUUACAAUACGAAAUAAAAUAUCUGAAUGUGAGAUGUAUAAUAUCAAUUCAGUUGUCUCUCUAUUCUGAUGAAUUUUAAAUUAUAAUUAUUUCACAGUAAAAACGAUAAUGACACGUGA